AUGGCGGCAAGGUCCUCUUCCAUGCGUAUUGGAAUUGUGGGAUUUGGACAUCUAGGGCAGUACCUGGUGGAGAGAAUCAUCAAAGAUGGAGCAUGUGCUGGCCUCUCGCUAGUGUUUGUUUGGAAUAGAAAUCCUGAAAAACUAAAGGGUUUGGUCCCAGAUGAACUCGUGUUGAUAAACCUGUCAUCCUUCGCAGACAGGCAAUGUGAUGUCAUUGUGGAAGUGUGCCAUCCUCAGGUGGUGAAAGAAUUUGGGGUCCAUUUCCUCUCUCGCUCACAUUUUAUGGUUGGUUCCCCCUCAGCUCUCGCUGAUCAUGACCUGAAUGAGAAACUUCGUCAGGCGGCGCAGCUGAAUGGACGAACGUUGUAUGUCCCCAGUGGUGCGUUAUGGGGAGGUCAGGACAUCCAGAGGUUGAAUGAUGGUGGGGCCUUACAGGCUUUAUUCAUAAGAAUGUCCAAGCAUCCAUCCUGCUUCCGUCUGACAGGAGAUGUCCUCAGUGACUGGACAGAAGGAGAAGGCAGGCGGGUUUUAUUCAGAGGCUCAGUGGCAGAGCUGUGCCCCCUUGCCCCCAACAACGUCAACACCAUGGCGGCGGCAGCAGUGGCUGCAGGGAAACUUGGUUUUCACGGCGUUCAAGGAGAGAUUGUGUCUGACACGGGGUUGAGUGACUAUCACGUGGUGGAAGUAGAAGUGAUGGGGGCUAAUGGUUUCUCGGUUCACACAGUUAGGAAGAAUCCGGCCCAACUCGGUGCCGUAACCGGUAGUGCAACAUACAACUCAUUUUGGAAUAGCUUACUUGUUUGCAAAGGUCACGGAGGCCGGGUCUAUUUGUGCUGA